AGAAAGUGAGCAAGUAGGUGCUAUGCAUGGCUGAAAUGCUCAUACACUGUAUGACUGCAAAUGUUUCACUGGAUUAUGAUACUCAAUGCCAGGGUGCCAUGUGCGGAUGCAAAUAAACCACAAUGCUGCUCAAAAAAUCUUAAAUUCAUUGCGCUAAAAACAGCACACGUAGCUUUUUAUAAACAUAGAUUUAUUGUAAAAAGAGUCAAGGUUAUAUAUACUACUGUAUAUUAGAUCAUUAGAUCAAAAGAUGCUUAAUUAUUUAUUUUCGACCAAAAUCCAAACUACGAAAGCAUGUGUUCACAUUUGUUUUGCGAAUUUGUUUCAAUGUCUACCAGUGUGGGAGCGAUAAAGUUUCCCAUGCCGAAUUCGCCCAUAUCUAAGCUGGUCAUUAAAAUUCGCUAUGUUGACCAACAGAACGUUGCUUAGUUUGAAAGUGACCUUUUUGUUCCGCUACAUUUCUCUGAAAUAUCACUAAUGUGACCGCACCUUCAAAGUUAAAAUUAAAACCCGCAACGUACGAAUGUUAAAAAAAAAUAAUAAUAAUAAAAAAGAUAACCAUACUUAAGUCACAAUUGUGUGAUAUGAAACCACAACACUAAAGACUGCAAUACACUACUUGACGUCAAAAACACUGAAGAGGUUUAAAAAUAUUAGGCAUCACACACUUGUUGACUGUAAAUUGUUACAGAGGAAAAACUGUCCGAUGGAGGAUCACACACUAACAGACCAAGUUGUUCCGAAAACAAUAAACUCAAGCAGAAACACGUGCCUUGUUGCUAGGAGAAACGUGACCAAUGAAAACGUGUUUUCAAAAAUAGUCUUUUCCCAUUAUGCAAUGUUUUAUGAAAUCAGCAGACUGGCUCUUUAAAGAAUCUUAUACUCCACCCUGUCAUAUCUUAAAGAAAUAAACUUGAAACUUUGAAAUAUAAAGGUUUUUUAAAACAGGCUAUAGGAACAAGUUUGGUUUUUGACUUCAAUUUUCAAAAAGAAUUGCAGUAUCUUUAUAAUAUCAUUAUUGUAUCGUGAGCCAAAUAUCGAAAUCACCAGAUCCUAGCUGAUUCAACGUUGCAUUUAAAUUUGCAUAGACUUGUUUACAAAUUCAUUUACAUUAACCAAGAGCAUUUUCCCUCAUUUGUUUAUGAGUCUGUAUCCAUGUGUAUGUGUGCUUUUAUCAGCCCUGAGAGAGCUGCAGAGUGUGUAUUGUCAUCAGCUGUAGAGCAGGUUGAUGCAAAUAAGCGCGUGCGAGAGAGAGGUGAAAAUAUGAAUUUGCAUAUUGAAGUCAUGUUUAAUAUUCAGCCUGACAGAAAUAGAAAGAACCGAAGAGAAGGAAAUAUGAGAUGUAUUUUAUAGAGGCCAUCUAAAAAAUGUCUCCCUGGUCUACAAACUUCAGCUGAAGUGAAUUCACGCUCUUGUCUGGAGUGUGUAUUCGAGUGGGCCUGAUCUCAGUGGUUAGGAUUUGGUUUGCUUAAUGAGGUGAGAAGGUAAACGUCAGUGUGCCUGUGCGUGGAGAGAAUUGAAAACGAGUGUGCUGAACUGGACACUGUUGUAGGAGGAAGGGAGAGAGAGCGGUUAGGAGGGGUUUGGACGUUCUAAGAACUCAUCGCUACUUCUCUGCAGUCACGGCCAGCUUCCUGUUCAUGUCACUGUCGUCACAGACCACAGUGAUUCUUGCUGAUGCUGUCACAGACGCAACUCGAUGUCCAAGUCAGAAAAACACCUUUAAAUUUGACAUUAAGCUUCAUGCACCUAAACUACACAGCAGCUGUGACUUUUACAGACUGUUAACCUGAUGUACAAUGUUGUUGUUCUCUUUGUGUGACUGAAAAGAUACACCGCAAAGCAGAGAGACAGAGUUGCUUAUCUACACUUUAUAACUGUCUCUCUUCCUGUGACAUUGAUGGCCUGAAUACUGACACCUACUGUAUAUAUAGUGGCAUAUAUCAAAACACAAUCCUACAUAUAAACUUCAACAUACCUGAUCUACCGGUAGGGCUUGCAGUGACACAUGUACACAGGCCUGUCCUGGAGACUUCAAGGGGAACCCGUCGCUCUCAGCAGGAAGUCCCGUCAGGAUGGAGGAAGUGUGAUAAAGAGCAGAAGACCCGUGCAGAGGAGGAUGACAUGCCCCAUUCCUCAGGAUAUCAGCAGGGCUCUUCAAAAUCCAUCGGCUCAUUCUUCUUUCCGCUCUGCCAGCCUGGAUGAACUCAUCCUCCGCUGCCUCCACUGCUUCGACUCAGAUGGGAAGCUGAUUAGAGGGAUGCAGCUUGUCCAUAUGACCCUGAUGAUGCAUAACUGGGUCGUACCAUCACACAUCUUCGUCCAAAAGCUACUUUCUCUGGAUUGUCCUGCAGAGAAAAGGGGACAGAGGCGCCUACAAAUCUGCCACUUCAUCAGGCAUUGGAUUAAGCAGUUCCGAAUCAUGUUUGAGGUGGAUCCCCUGUUAGAAGAAGUCAUAAGAGAUCUCUGGGCUCUAGUCAGGAGUGAGGGGACCAGUUCACCCAAUCAUCUCUUCAUUACACCAUACAUUAAUCCUCCAGUGAAUGUUUCCCAGACUCCCUCUCCCUCUGUGAAGAAGAGGAAAGUGUCACUACUGUUCGACCACAUGGAACCAGAUGAGAUGGCUGAACACCUCAGCUACCUGGAGUUCAAAAACUUCUGCAACGUCUCAUUUCUGGACUACCGCAGUUACGUGGUCCAUGGCUCUGUGAGGUAUAAUCCGGCGCUCGAGCGCUCUGUCAUGCUCUGCAACGGAGUCUCCCAGUGGGUCCAGCUCAUGAUCCUCAACAAACACACCUCACAGCAGCGAGCAGAGGUCUUCACCAAGUUCAUCCAUGUAGCACAGAAGCUGAGAGCCCUACAGAAUUUCAAUACUCUGAUGGCGGUGAUAGGAGGUCUGUGUCAUAGUUCCAUCUCUCGGCUCAAAGACACAGCCAGCCUGCUGUCCUCUGAUGUCACAAAGACUCUCAGUGAACUCACAGAACUGCUGUCGUCGUACAGCAACUAUUCAAACUACAGGCGCUUGUACAACGACUGCACUGGAUUCAAGGUGCCCAUCUUGGGCGUUCAUCUUAAAGACCUGAUCUCCCUCAACGAAGCGCUACCAGACUACCUUGAGGACGAUAAGAUCAACCUGGGGAAAAUGCAGCAUUUAUACAGCAACAUUAGUGACUUGUUGGCCAUCCAUGACUGCACCCCACCGUUUGAGGCCAACAAAGACCUGCUGCACCUGCUAACGCUCUCGCUAGACUUGUGUUACACGGAGGACGAGAUAUAUGAGCUCUCCUAUACCAAGGAGCCCAAGAACCCCAAAAUUCAGCCCGUAGCUCCAGUGAAGCCCCCAGUGGUAGCCGAGUGGGGAUCAGGAGUGACCCCGCGUCUGGAUCCCGACACCAUCUCGAAACACGUUAAACAGAUGGUGGAUUCUAUCAUGAAGAAUUAUGACUUGAACCUGGACGGAUACAUUUCUCUGGAAGAUUUUGAGAAGAUCGCUGCGAAUUUCCCCUUCUCUUUCUGCACACACGAGAGCGAUAGGGAAGGAGAAAUCAGUAGGGAGGAAAUCACUUCAUAUUUCAUGCGUGGGAUGUCGGUGUGUGCUAAGCUUGGCUUCAACCUCCACAACCUUCACAACUUCCAUGAGACCACAUACAAAAGACCCACAUUCUGCGACACCUGCGGAGGAUUUUUAUGGGGAGUCAUAAAACAAGGCUACCACUGUAAAGACUGUGGUGUAAACUGUCAUAAGCACUGUAAGGAUGUGGUGGGAAUGGAGUGUAUGAAGAGGUUCCAGGUGACCAGUAGCUCUUGUCCCUGCACCCCGGGCCCUGUAUCAGGGCUCCACACUAAGGGCAGCAGCUGGAGUUCUGAAGAGGAAACAUUUGUCUUUCCUAAUGGAAACGGAUCUGAACACUCCAAGGGCCAAACUUCAUCAGACAGCGACGCAGAGGCAGCCACACUAUCAGACAGGUCCACUCAAACAGACCCAGGAGUUUGGACACCGGUGGCCAAACGGAAAGAUCGCCUUUCUUCCCAGAAAAAACAUCCACCCCUUGAAAAGAGUGCUACGCUACCAGCAAGGGUGCGAGGUUCAUCUGCCCCUAGUUCUCUCCUACAGGAGAAAAUGGAUGAACUGAAGCUGAACAAAGAUAAACGAAAGGAACCCGACUGAACUAGUAUGUGCAUGCGGCCGUUUGUUUGUGUGUGGUGGAACUGUUAAAUACACUGGACAGAAAAGACUGAAGAAUAUGUCCUCAUCUUUCUCGCCAACUGUCUUGUUCUAUUGUCUUCAACAGAUUGUUCAUGACGUUCAUUAAAUGUGAUGAAAUUCUAGUCAGAAGGAAUUUUAUUUAAGGAUUUAAAGCUCUUUAAAACCUUGUUGGUGGACUUGAUUGGUAAGAACUCUCUAUGCACCAGCGUCAACUGCCAGUGAAGACCAGAUCAAUGGACUUCACAUCUCCACAAGUGCUCAAAAGUGGACUGCUACAUCUUCGAUCUCACUACCACUCAUCUUUAUAUGAGACAGAAGAACUAUCUUACCUUUAUCACGGAGAGCGAGUACAAAACUGUUGCCUUAAUAUUCACACUGAUGGAAAAUAUACACUGUGAACAACUGUAUAGAACUUGAACAGCAAGAAUGUACCUCCUCUGUUAAGGGACGUGAUUUUGGUGCUGAUAUAAUACCCAGAAUGCAUCACUGUGCCUUAUGUAAUGAACAAUUCAUUGAGUACGAGACAAAGGGUGUUAUAUCACUGUUUAGAUCAAACAAUAGUCUUGUCUCAGUUCAAAAUGAUCACAGUCUGCUUUGUUAGUGCUCGUGUCCAUUCAUGUAUUCGAGCACGAGCAUUAAUGAAAAAGAGCGGGAGAGUGACAUUAAGGGUCAGUUCAAACAAACACUGUGGACCUAUUUUAAUUUGUUUUUCUAAUAUGUUUUCUGUUUGAUCUUUUGUCAACUCCAACUUGAAUGUCUUGUUUUACUAAAUCUUGAGUUUAGGCUAUAGGUUUUUAUUUAUUGAGGAAUGAUAAAGCUUAAGUAUUUUCCACAAAGCACUGUCUGAUGUGAUUAAAAUAUGAAUGGAAAAGCGA